UCGUAGUUUGUGUAAUAGUAACAAUCAUUUGUCAAUAUCGAAAGAAAAACAAAAAGUUAAUAUUUUUGUCAAACCAUUUCAAAACUGGACUCAGGUGUAUUCCUGUUUUAGGAAUUGCUCACUUAUUUAUUGGUGGUGGUGAAGAAAGAAUGAAAGCAAUUCAAAUGGCUGGCCGGGAUACAAUUGAUAAAGGUGGCAUUACAGGAGUAUGGUUAGCGCACCGGUUUUAUUUAGUUGUAACAGAUCCCGAAACCGCAAGCCUAUUUUUGAGGGUAUGUCUUGAAAAAGAUGACAUCAUGCAAAUGUGUUUUAAAAUGUUUAUUGGUAACGGAAGCAUUACCGCACCAGUACAUAUCUGGCGGCCUCGUCGGAAGAUUCUCCUGCCUCAUUUUAAUUCCAAAAAUUUGAAUCAGUUCGUUAACGUGUUUGAUGUACAAAGUCGUUUUAUGGUAAAACAACUACGAUCAGCUGUUGGGGCUGGUUCUUUCUCGCUUUACAAUCACAUCAGUACUUGCACUCUUGCUUCGAUAUUUGAAACUGCCUUAGGAGGGAAAAUAAAAGACUAUUACUGUUAUGUUGAUAUCCAGCGUUUAUUGAAAUUCAUAGAAAAAGGCUUGGAUAUUUUGGCAAUAAGAGGAUUUCAACCUUGGCUCUACCCCGACUUUGUAUUCAAAUUGACUGCUAGUUUUAAAACUAUGACCAAUAUCAAAGAAUUCAUCGACAACGUUGCUCGUCAGAUAUUUGCUUUUAAACGUAAAUUGGUUGAAGAAAAUCAAAAUAAGGAAGUACAAUCGGAAAGUAAUCAAAAUAUGGCAGAAAAAUUCAAACCUCUGCUAGAGCUCUUAAUUGAGUCAUCUGGUGGCAAACUUAAAUACACUGACAUUGAGAUGCAAGAAGAGUUUGUGGUCCUUGUGGUUGCAGGCACAGAUACAUCUGCCGUGGCAACCUCGUUCACGAUACUCAUGCUAUCUCAGUUUCCUGAUAUUCAGGAACAAGUUUACUCUGAAUUGAAAGAGGUGUUUGAAGACUCCACCAGAGUUACAACAGCAGGAGACCUAGCUCGCUUGAAGUAUUUGGAAGUUGUGAUCAAAGAAACUUUACGGUUGUAUCCACCAGUGCCGAUAGUGAUGAGAAGAGUAGAGAGCGAUGUUAUUUUACCAUCAGGAAUAACAGUACCCAGUGAUUGUGGAGUAGUGGUAAACAUUUGGGCUCUACAUCGCGACCCACGGUAUUGGGGCGAAGACGCCGAACAGUUUCGUCCGGAACGGUUUAUCGAUGUCCCUUUAAAGCAUCCUGCGCAAUUCAUGCCAUUUAGCCACGGACCCAGAAAUUGUCCAGGAACCCAGUAUGCGAUGACGGCUAUGAAGACAGUCCUAGCCACAUUGUUAAGGAACUAUCGAAUAAUUCCAGCAAGAAAAAGCACAUCUUCAAUACCUGGACAACCAUUACGGUUGAAAUUCAAGCUACUUAUGAAGGAUGUCGAUAACUUUAUGGUAGAACUAGAAAAUCGGAAUUGA